AUUCAGUUCUUUGUUGCUAGGUUCGGAGGAUAGACCUUUCCCAAGUAUUGGGAGUGGAUCGCCAUUGUAUAUGCUAUUGUGUACAUUGAUUAGUUUAUUCUUGUUUAGCGCCAGUUAAUCUGUCAUCAGUCUUAGUUUAUUUGUUAGAGUUAUCUCUUGUUUUGGAUUGAAAACACCAAGGAUUGUUUGCGACUGCGCCGUCUCAAACGACAAUGGCCGCUACAAAGUGCCAGUGUUAUUAUUAGUUGAACGGCUCUUGCAUCCGUUCUUUGGGCUGUUCGACGUUGUGUCAGCGCUGAUGGAGCUCGGCUGGGCUACUUGAUUCAAUCGAACGAUUGACGAAGUAAAAAACACAAUGGAAAGUGUAGGCGAGUUCGAGUAUAACGCCAAAGACCUGAUCGGUCAUGGCGCCUUCGCCGUGGUAUUCAAGGGCAGACACAAAAAGAACUCGAGUUCCCCCGUCGCCAUAAAGUCUAUCACAAAGAAGAACCUUUCCAAAUCGCACAAUCUUCUGGGAAAAGAGAUUAAAAUCCUCAAGGAGCUCUCCGAAGUACAUCAUGAGAAUAUCGUGGCGCUCUUGGAUUGCCAGGAAACCCAGCAUCAUGUGUUUCUCGUCAUGGAGUAUUGCAACGGCGGAGAUUUGGCGGAUUAUCUUUCAGUUAAAGGAACCCUAAGUGAGGAUACGAUUCGCAAUUUCCUGAAACAACUUGCUGGAGCGAUGAAAGCCUUGCAGCACAAGGGCAUAGUCCAUCGCGAUCUGAAACCGCAGAACAUCUUGCUCAGUCACGCUGGAAAACCCAACCCGCAACCAAAUGAUAUACGUUUGAAAAUCGCGGAUUUCGGGUUCGCUCGCUUCCUUCAAGACGGUGUCAUGGCAGCCACGCUUUGUGGUUCUCCUAUGUACAUGGCUCCCGAAGUGAUCAUGUCGCUUCAAUACGAUGCCAAAGCGGAUCUGUGGAGUUUGGGUACGAUCGUGUUCCAGUGUCUGACGGGUCGCGCGCCCUUUACAGCCCAGACGCCACAAGCUUUGAAAAUGUUCUACGAGCGCAACCAUAAUCUCAGUCCCAAGAUUCCCUCUGGCACUUCGCCCGAACUGACAGCAUUAUUAACUGGCUUGCUGAGACGUAAUGCAAAGGAUCGCAUGGAAUUCGAUGAUUUUUUCAAUCAUUCAUUCAUUCGUAAAUCUCAGCCGCCUCCAGCCACCCCGCCAUUGCCCGUUCCUAAUUUAGCGCGCCUUUCAACACCCCCCAAAACACCACCCGUUACCGUCCCGAUUCGUCCUGUUACGACGAACACUCCAGCCACCCAAAACAACAAUCCAACUACGCCAGAAGAAGCCGAUGAUUUCGUGUUGGUUCCGAGUCCCAGCCAAUUGCGUGAUGGAUUAAGAGGAGCAGCCGUCGCUGCUGCUAAUGAAAAUGAAGGCGAUACAAAACCAUUACCAGUUCCAUCACAAAGAGAUGCCUUUAUCAAGAUGCAAACUUCGCAUCGCAACAGCGAUUUUUCGCCCGCAGGCAGUCCGUCUUCCAGUCCGGCGGUCAGAGCUGCUCCAUUACCACGAUCCGAGCCAAUCAGUGUGGCUCAAAAGGCUUCGUCACCAACAAAUGAUAACAACUCGCGAACCGGAGUCUCUGGAGAUAUUAAUUCACUCUCCCCGCCAUCAGUUCAGUUUUGCGUGGGCACUCCACCCGGAAUCCCGGGUAGGCGUCGGUCAACAUCCGGUAGCAGUUGCGGUACGUCCCCGCCACCGUUUGCCGCACCUUGGCCGCAGCUGAUGAACUCUCCCUUGCGCCGAGGCGCUGGGAGUGGAGGAGUCGCUGCCCCUACAGGUCCUCUGGCUCCCAUAAAGGGAUCACCGGUCAGGAUGUCGGUCCUGCCGAAUGUAUCAGAAACUGCUACCACGCCCUCGAGCGGCGGAAUGGUGCAGUGGCGGAAUGUCGGAGGAUCUGGGACGGCCAUGGAGUGGAAUCCUCUGGCGGGCCAUCAUCACCAUCCAACUCGUACUAUGACCCUGCCCGAGUUCACUGCCUCGCCCUCGGUUACCAUGUGCGGAACGAACCCUAAUCACGGAUUUCACCGUAGUCAGACCGAGUUCAUGCCGAGCUCUCCGAGUUAUGGUGGAAAUAGAAGCCCCAUGCAAUGCUUCCCGGGAUUGCAGAACAGCAACGGCAGCAAUUGGAGUCUGCAGCGCAAGCCGAGUUUCGAACAGGGAGCGUACGGUUACGGUACGUCGCCACCGAUGGAAGGGCCCAUUGUUUUCGUUGCUCCUGAGCUGACGCAGGAAACUCUUUUAGAGAAGGAGCACAACGACACUUUGGCCAAACUCAACUUUGUCUUGGCCCUCGUCGAAUGCAUUAUUGAUGUGGCCCGUAAUCGAGCUUCUCCACUUGCCGCAGCCCUCAGCGAGUCUAUACACGCUCGCAAAAAUCCAAUGGCAUCUUCACCGCCUGGAGACGGCGCCAUUAGUCCGGCUCUCUCCGAUGCCCAACGAAGAGCCGAGCAAUUGGUAUUGUACAUCCGUGCUCUCCAAUUGCUCUCGUCUGCUCUCAAUUUAUCCAAAGAGGAAUUACAAGCCGAAAGACUUCAUCCUUCUCAGUCCGUGAAACAGGUUGUGGCUGUUUUGAACCAAAGGUUCCACCAUUGCUUGUCGCAGUGUAAGCAGCUAAACUGUCAAUCGCUGGCCAAUCAGCUAGGAGAUUCGAAUACCGCCCAGCUGACGGCUGAUAAAUUGCUGUAUAACCACGCCAUUGAUUUGUGCCAGUCGGCUGCGUUGGAUGAACUCUUUGGCAACCCGGCGAGCUGUUGCCGACGUUAUCAAACAGCUCAUAUAUUGUUUCACAGUCUGGCGCAGCAAGUGACGCAGCAAGCCGAUAAAUCCAUCCUUAACAAAUAUCGCGAAGCCGUGGAGAAGCGUUUGUUUGUGCUCCAGCAACAGGGCUUCAUCUACGCCUAUGAUACUUCGUGACCUGCCAAAGGUUUUAUAAAAAAAUUUUGAUCUCUCAUCUUUCCCAACUCGGACGUCGUGGCGUGAAGAAGAAAAA